AUGACGGACGCGCGCGCGCUCGGGGUGGCGCAGGAGGCGGUGGUGCGGAGCGUGCACGGUCUUAAAGGAUCGCUCGCCGAUGCGGUCGAGCGCGCGGGACGCGCGGUGCGCGCGCGCGGCGUCGCGAACGCGAUGCCGACGGCGCGCGAGGUCAGGGAGUACGUGAUGAUGGUGACGUACCCGCGGACGAGCGACGAGGAGGUUCUCGUGGCGCGACCGGGGUUUCAGAUGACGUACGGGUUGACUCCGUUGAAGCGCGAGACGCCGGUGGAGCAAAGCGUGGCGAAGAAGAGGGCGAACGGGAAGAUGAAGGUCGACGAUGGGGAAGAGGCGAAACCAGCGGCGUCGAUGACGCUGAGUGUGAUGUCCGUGGACGGUGGACGGCGAGGUGAGGCCUCAGCUCCGCCGCGGGUGGCGAACGGGCAAGCCGCGAACGGGAUCCCGUGCGUGUACUCGGAGAGGCUUGAGGCGGCGCUGGAAAAGACGUUAAAGAGCGCGGAGUGGGCCGAGGAGGAGCAGAGUAAGUUGGAGGAGCUAACUCGCAAGUUGGACGAUGCCGAGGAGAGGUUGGAGAUGAAAAAGAAGCCCACAAAGAAGAUGGACUUGUCAGACAUGCCCGACUUCACGCUGAGCGAGAAGGCGCAGGUAUUCAAGGGGAAUGCGAACGAUCGAAAGGAGUUACUGAAUCAUAGAAAGUGGGUAGAACAAGAGAUAACGCGAUUAAAUGCGGCGAAAGCGGAGUGGAUCGCGGAUAGAAGGGCGCGAGCGAGAAACAAGGCGAAGAGGCAAUCUUCCGGACUUUGGGCCGAGGUGAAAAAGCUCAAGCGUGAAGUCGCAGAGGCGCGCAGUGCGGCGUCGAAAGCGCUCGCGCAGGCGAGUGCGGAUGCGCAACAAUUAGAUACGCUGAGAUCAAGGGCCGCGACGGCGCAGCAGAGGCAAGCGGAAGCCGAGAGUCGACGGAAGGAGAAACAGGCUUUGCGUGAGAAGCAGAAGAACGAACGCUUGGCGAAGCGGACGCAGGAGCAGAUCGAGCGUGACGAGAGAAAGGCAAGAGAGAAGGAACUGCGCUUGCAGGAAAUCGCUAGGAAGAAGGAGGAAGCGACGAGAUAUCCCAUGGAGGACGAAGCACUCAUCGCGUACGACGCGGUCGAGGCGAAAGAGCAAGGCCGAGAUCCGUGGCCUCCUGUCGCUUCCGGAGUUGCGUGGAACGUGAGUGUGAAUGACGUGUCGCAAAUUGAAAUUUGCGAGUUUUGCAACACUUUUGGUACGUUCAUGACGCCCAAAAUAGAGUGCAUAGAUACACAAAGGCUCCGUGAAGUUUUAGACGAUCACACCGCCAAGCAACUUUCUGCGAUGUACGAGUCAUUGUUACGCGUUGCGGUGACCUCUGUGUCGUCGCUCUACAAGAAUCUCGUUGAAUUGUGGGUUCGAGGUUUGGAUAGCGGUACUUACCCGGAAAUCAUUCGACAGUACGCAAAAGUGAAGUCUCGAAUUGGGAUUGUCGAUGAGAAAACGAUGCUCGUGGUGGAUUCGCUGAAGGAUAAGGUCAUCGGUGAGCUCACCGCAGAGGAGCACACGACUCUCCUUCUUUGGCUCUGUGCCGAAUGCUUGGAAUCUCAGGUUCUCAAUCAGGAAGUCGACCGGCGUCUUUCAGAGAGUACUUCAUUGCGAAAGAAGCGGCAGCGCGAGGACGCUCAAGCCACCGAGUACGACAAAGAGUACAAAAAAUCUCUCGCCGACGUUUCGCUUGACCUGAACGAAGCACGUGAACUCGUGCAACAUGAAUGCACAGAACAAUCCAUGGAGAACCAAGAUGCCGAGGAAGCUCAGUCCGUCGAGGAAAAGAAACAGGAGGCAAAAAUGUUGAUCGAGUUGGAGGAGAAGCACAUACUCGAGCAAGAGAGACGCGCUGAGAUUGAGAACGAACGAAAGCAACAAAAUUCUCAGAUUCGUGUUCGCGCCGCAUGCCUUGGACAAGAUCGUAACUGCACGAGAUACUACUGGAAGCUUGCGAACGACCAGAGCGCCGUGAUCGCGUGUUCUAGGGAUGGCACUUGGUCGAAGUUUGAGACCGUCGACCAGCUGAACGCGCUUGAAAAAUCUUUGAAUGAAAAGGGCAUUCGAGAACGACGACUUGCAAAGAAUAUUCGUGAUUCUCGCGACGAAAUAGUUGCAACUUUCCAGCACGUCAAAUUCGAGCAAGACUUGAUGUUUCCGAAAACAAAUCUCAGACUCAACUCAGAGGCAUGGACAGCGCUGGCGUUGCGCGAGACGCUCGCGACAGAGAGUAUUCGGCACAAUUUGUCUCAGUUGGCGCGCGACUUAUUGGACAACGACGCAUUGGCUCCGGAUGGCACUUCGCGAGGGUGGUCCUUAUGGUUGAGAGACGUCAACCGCGAGGAGCGCCUGUCCGAAUUAAUUCGGUUCCUGUUUCAAGUCGAGGAGGCGAUCGUCAAUCUUUCCCCGAGUGCGCCGAAGAAGACGACGCGAGAGGACGGAGACGCCGCUGGCGCAGUAAUCGAAAGAGCGAUUGCUCAAGUGCGACAAGCGAUCAUGGGCGAAGGUAACUUCAACGUGCAGCUCGAAAGUGACUACGAUUGGUGGGAACUGAUCAUACCCAGUGACGGUGCGCGCAAGAGAUCGGGUGUCUGGAACUCUCAGCACGAGAGAUCCAUCUGGAGAGAUGCGAUUGAGGUGGCCACAAAUUACACCCGUGUCGCGUACGGCACCGCAAUGUUAGUCGUGUACUCGCGGGAUUUGUUCGAAUCGAUGCGAUCUAAGCACACACGAUCUAUCCGGGAUGCGUCUCGACACAUAGAUUACGCAGCCACGGCUAGGGGCUACGAUUGA